AGGGCCAGGGGACUCUGGCCAGACAUAGGCCCAGGUCUGUGGCUGGCCAGUUGCAGCUGUGGGGCCCGGCAUGUGUCUCAACAUGGCCCUAGAGCUCUACAUGGACCUGCUGUCAGCACCCUGCCGUGCCGUCUACAUCUUCUCAAAGAAGCAUGACAUCCGGUUCAACUUUCAGUUUGUGGAUCUGCUGAAAGGUCACCACCACAGCAAAGAAUACAUUGACAUCAACCCCCUCAGGAAGCUGCCCAGCCUCAAAGAUGGGAAAUUUAUCUUAAGUGAAAGUGUGGCCAUCCUCUACUACCUGUGCCGCAAGUACAGCGCUCCAUCACACUGGUACCCGCCAGACCUGCACGUACGUGCCAGUGUGGAUGAGUUCAUGGCUUGGCAACACGCGGCCUUUCAGUUGCCCAUGAAGAAGAUAGUCUGGUUCAAGCCCAUGGCUGCCAACUAUAAUGUCUUCCUCAACAGCUCCAAGCUAGCCGAGUGGCGCAUGCGGGUGGAGCUGAAUAUUGGCUCUGGCCUCUUUAAGGAGGCCCACGAUCGACUAAUGCAGUUGGCCAACUGGGACUUUUCAACAUUGGAUCCAAUGGUCACGCAGAGAAUCUGUGAAUUUCGGGAGAAGUACUUGUGA